AGGUGAUAAACACAAUCAUUCAUAUAAAUCUAUAGCUUGAUGAGAGGGACUUGGAUUUCAUCUCGAUGCUCAGUGGUCUUUUGAUUUCGCGGCUGGUGGAUUCGAGUUUAUCUCACAAGAAUGCUUUGCAAAGGUGUAUUGAGCAUGCAAAGCUUUGGCUUUUGAAGUCUGAUCAGCCCAUUGAAGCAAAUUCGGCCAUUACUUAUUCUGGGUUGAGAGAUCCUAAAAGAUGUUCAAGCUAGCUGCAAAAAAAAGAACUGGAAGAGCUUGUCCAAUUAAUUUCAGUGUGAAAGCCAAGAGUUAAUGCAAAGAUGGAAAAAAAGGAUAACGAUGUUGUUGAGGUUGGGGCUAAGAAAGGUGAUGGGGCAUGGACGUCUAAAAAUGGGGCCAUUUUAUUGACUUGAUGGAUUUAGAAGUACCAUGUCAUCCUAAAGGCACAACUACGUUUGAAAAGGAUGCCUGGAACAUAAUCUUAGUGCAACUAAGCGCCAAGACGGGAUAUAAUUACAACUUUGAGCAGCUGCAAAACAAAUACAACACUUUGAGAUUAAUGUAUAGUGCAUUUAAGAAGUUAUUGAAUGAAACAACUGGAGUAGGAUGGGACCCAGAGAGACAGACAAUUACUUUAUCUGAUGACGUCUGGAAGAAUUUGUGCAAGGUGAAUAAGCAUGCUAGACAAUUCAAGAAAAAGGGUUGCCCGCAUUAUGACAAGCUUGGUAGAAUUUUUGGUAAGACAAGUGCAAUCGGUGAGCACGCUCACCCUUCUACCCUAUCAUCAUCUAACAGUGAGGAAGAGAAAGACCCAAUUUAUGAUCCUUCAAAUGAGGUUGAUAAAGGCAAUGACAAUGAAAAUGCUAAAGGGCCAUCCAACCGUUCUCGUAGUAGGUCUACCACUUCAACAUGCAGUCGUCGUAGGAAGAAAAAUAGUGUUAUGGUUGGUCUUACAGUUGCCCUUAAUGUGUUGGUUGAAAACUCAAAAAAAAAAAUGACUAUUUAGAGUACAAGAUAUCACAGUCAACGGGAGCAACAUCUUCGUAUGGGGAUAGUGAGGUUAAUGCCAAUAAGGAUGAUUUGGUAGAUGAAUGUAUGAGUGCUUUGAAUGCUAUGGAAGACAUUGAUGGUGACAGUUAUUCAAAAUUCAUAACAAAAUUUAGAGAAGGUAUGACUUGGAGGAAGAUAUUCCUGGCUAUGCCGGACCAUAGGAAGCGGGAUUGGGUUAUGCACCUGUGAUGUUUAUGCUUGUUUUUUACGUAUGUAGUUAUGUAUUUGUAUUUAACUGUAGAACGUUGGGACGUUUGUUGCUUUAUAACUGUCGUAGAUCCAUGUCUCUUUUUGUCUUAUGUUUAAUAGUUGGAAUGUUUGUGUAAGUUUAUCGGCAUGGAUGUUUUUGUAAGUUUAAUGAUAUGGAUGUUUUUGUAAGUUUAAUGAUACGGAUGUUUUUG